UGAUCAUUGAGACUGUUUGAUAAGGAGUUGAGCCUUAUCAAAACACGAAACGUGCUCCCCAUAAUUUCUUGCGAAAUGGCUGAAUAUGGAAAGAAACAAAACGAAAAAGGGGCGUCUGUGGUUCAUAGUUUUCCACGCCACCAUUCCCUCCAUAUCCAUUAUCCACAACACCAUCACCCCUUUCUCUCUGUCAUUCUCAUAAUAAUAAUAAUCAUCUCCGUUUCACUUUCGGAGUGUACUUCCAACUUCCGAGGAAACUGCAUUACUUCACUUUCUGCCAUUUAAUUUUAUGUCAUACUUCUUCAAAUCUUGCAUGCUUUAACCACCACACGCCCAUGGCUUCUUCUUCUUCUUCUUCAUGUUAUUCUUCAGUGUCUAGACUCAUUCUCAGAGGCAAUAGGGUUCUCCCAUCGGAUCCUCUGUUUAGGUCAACGCCUUCAACUUCUUCUUGGAAUACCCAUCUUGGUGUAAAAGGCGACAUUUUUCUGCGGUAUAAUGGAACAAGCUGCUGUUCAAUCCGGAGCGAGUUGCGGGGUUCGUUGACUCCCAUUAUCCAUGAAGUUUCUAGAAGGAAGUUUCAAAUGUUGUGCAAGGCUUCAACAAAUGUAUCUGGGGAUGUUCCUGAAAGUUCUGGGGGAUUGAGCCAGUAUGAGAAAGUGAUUGAAACAUUAACCACUCUUUUUCCUGUAUGGGUCAUCUUGGGGGCUAUCGUUGGCAUUUACAAGCCAGCUGCUGUAACUUGGUUGGAGACAGACCUUUUUACUCUUGGUUUGGGUUUCCUUAUGCUGUCCAUGGGCUUGACAUUGACGUUUGAGGAUUUCAGGCGAUGUUUGCGAAAUCCGUGGACAGUCGGUGUAGGGUUUCUUGCACAAUAUUUGAUCAAACCCAUGCUAGGCUUUGGCAUUGCAAUGACUCUCAAACUUUCAGCUCCUCUUGCAACUGGUCUGAUUCUGGUCUCGUGUUGUCCUGGAGGUCAGGCAUCAAAUGUUGCAACAUACAUAUCCAAAGGAAAUGUUGCACUUUCUGUUCUAAUGACAACGUGUUCAACUAUUGGAGCUAUCAUUAUGACACCACUCCUUACUAAGCUUCUUGCAGGCCAACUUGUUCCAGUUGAUGCUGCUGGUCUGGCUAUUAGUACCUUUCAGGUUGUUUUAGUCCCAACUAUUGUGGGAGUUUUGGCAAAUGAAUAUUUUCCCUAUUUGAUAACGAGAAUUUAUACUCUUCAGAUUGGGCAAGUUUCGGAAGUCUUGAAAACUCAAGGAGCGCAGCUGAUACUGCCGGUUGUUUUCCUACAUGCUGCGGCAUUUGCUCUUGGUUAUUGGGUUUCAAAAAUAUCAUUUGGGGAAUCCACAUCCCGCACAAUAUCUAUAGAGUGUGGGAUGCAGAGCUCCGCACUUGGAUUUUUGCUUGCUCAGAAGCACUUUUCUAACCCUCUUGUAGCUGUUCCUUCGGCCGUGAGCGUAGUUUGCAUGGCACUUGGAGGGAGUGCUCUUGCUGUCUAUUGGAGGAAUAGGCCAAUCCCUCUUGAUGACAAAGAUGACUUCAAAGAAUGAGGGAAAAACAAAAAAAUCAUGGCUUAUCUUCAAUGAAUUGCAUGCCCUACAAAUUGUUUUCCUUUUUAUAUUAGGACACUAUUUUUGUUUCCUUUUUAAAAUUAUUUUGAAUCUACUAGCUAAGCAACAAUUUAUAAAAAAGAAUUUCGGAUGAGUUUAGGACAUUUUCAACAAGCAUGCCCCUUAUGUGGUAUUCUUUUUGGGGUGGUGGUCUUUUUUUCUCCAUCAUUUGUUAGAAUCCAGAAGAUGGACAGAAUUUUGGAAUGAUGGUAAAUAAUAUCUUUACAUGAUGUUCAUUUUGUGGCAAACAAUAUUUAUACCAUAAUUACUGGUUUACACAUUA